UUCCGUUGUGUCUAAUCUUGUUCUUUGUUUAAAACUCCUCUCCAUGCAUUCCUCUUGUUUAUAUAUUUAUUGCUUCUUCUAUAAGCUUUUGUGAGUCCUGGUGAUCAUCUCUCUUUCUAGCUAAGUGAGCAGGCACUAACGCAUAAAUAUCUAUAUAGAGAGAGAGCGCUGGACAGAGAAAUGGGUUUGAGGUCCAUCAUAUCGACCAUCACAUACUGUUUGUUCUUUCGGUAUCCACACAAGAAGCCAAAGGUCAAAAGUGUGAGCCACCUCAACUAUUACCACACCAUGCCAAGGGCUCGCCCACUUUCUUUACAGACGAUAGACCUGAAAGUAAGGAUGUGCUGCAGUGGAUGCGAGAGGGUAGUCAAGCAUGCCAUUUACAAGCUGAGAGGGGUGGACUCGGUUGAGGUGAACCUAGAGAUGGAAAGAGUGACGGUAAUUGGGUACGUGGAGAGAAAGAAGGUGCUAAAGGCUGUGAGACGAGCCGGUAAGCGAGCCGAGUUCUGGCCGUACCCGGACAUGCCACGCUACUUCACUUCCUCCGACCACUACUUCAAAGACACAACCAGUGAGUUCAGGGAGAGCUACAACUACUACCGUCACGGCUACAACCUCAGCGACCGUCACGGUCACAUCCAUGUCACUAACCGUGGAGACGACAAAGUCAGCAACUUCUUUAACGACGACAACGUCCACGCUUGUCGCCUGAUGUGAUCGAUCUUUCAUCUUCUAUUUUGCUGUUUGUUUUUUUUUGUGUGUAAUUCUCUCCUCCCUUUUCGUUUAUAUAUAUACAUGUAUCUGAAUGUGUUUUUACAUGUUGUAUUGUCUCUAGGUUUAAUUGGUUUGUAUGCGUAAGCGAGAUAAAAGCACACGCUAGCUUUUGUACACAAUGCUUUAUUAUAAUUUU